CUCGACGUGCACGACAACUUCAGCAUGUCCACCACGUCCUCGCUGGCAGGUGACCUCGCGAAGCUUACGGUUCCCCAGCUCAAAGCGUUGUGCAAAGAAUGCCGCAUUGUCGGGUAUUCAAAACUCGGAAAAGCUGCUCUCCUCCAGAAAUUAACCGAUAAUAAUGUCCACAACCCUCAGCCCGCGAUUCCGAUCCAAGCAAUAUCGACAUCAGAAAUAACAGUACCAGUUGAACACACAAGCCACCCAGCUUCAAGCCUAGCUCCUGCACUCUCGAUUGGAGUUACAAGUUUUCUCGAUCCCACUCACGAUACACAGACAGCACACAAAGACUCAACCCCUAAUAUAUCUGCAAAACUAUUUCCCCAACCCAAAACACUGCCGGCGUCUUGUAUAGUGGGUCCCUCAGCUGCCACUGUCCGCCAUUCAUCAACAACAGUUGUCGCUGCAUCAAGCCCUGACGUCCAGGCUCCCGACGAGAACCAUGGCACGAAACGACCCCGCGUCUCUGCUAUCUUUAAGUCUGCAAAAAGGCAAAAGCCUUCUCCUGUAAAUGCUGCAUCUAUCUGGGAUGCCGACUCCUCGACCUCCACGACUCAGCCAUCCACGUCUGCUGGAACCCUCAAAUUGCAUACUGGUCUGAUAUCUGUCACCGAAUCGGCGGCUGAGGGUCUUCCACGCAACUCGAGCGUCUCUUCAAAAGCAGUACCUAUCGUGGCUCAGCUUCGAGAUGCCCAGCUCGUCCAGAAAGAGUCCACAACAAACCGUCAAGGCCGAUUCAAACCUCUCGUUUUCACAAGGAUUCCGAUUGUGGCUAGUACUCCAGUAAUUUCGCAGAAAGCCACUGCCCUCAACGACCACUCGGCCGACGAAACUACUUGCACACCCUCAGAUACCUUUAGCUUUGAGGCCGCCCCCCUUUCGACACCAUCCUUCGUGAACAUCACAUUUCCGCCUAAGCUAUCCGACAGGAAACAGGUUCAAAGAUGGGCAAUAAUCCUAGCCGCGCUCUCUGAUCAAGAUCGUCAUAUUUGCGUCCUAGUUUCUCGGGCAUUUCGCUAUGCAGGUAACAUGACGCUGGGUAUCCGGAG